AACUAUUUCUUGUCACAAUCGUUUCAAAAUCGUUUCAAAAGAGAGAAGUAUCACGAAAUACAGAGGAGAAGUGAUUGAAAAUAGAACUGCAACAAAAUCAUGGCUUUGUUUAUACCACUGACGUUGUUGAUUUUGGGACGGCUAAACUUUCUUGACGCAGAUAGGUUUCCGAUGGAGGAAUUUUUUGAUUAUCAUUUCGAUUCAUGGGGAGCACAUUUACAUUUCUGUGAUUUUGCAGCAGUUGGACGAGAAAUAUGUUGCGAUUGCUCUGACGAUUGUAUGAAGUACAAAACUUGCUGCAUAGACAAGUUGUGGGACAAGAAAAAAAACGAAAACUUGGAGAUGUAUCUCAAACUAUUUCUGAGUAAAUCACAAAAGUAUAAAAAUAUGUCCUGUGAACCAGCUUUAACAGUAAAUAAAACACACGCUGUGAAAUCAUAUUUCAUGGUAAAAUCCUGUCUUCCGAAUACAACAGGAGAUGAUGUAGAGCGCUGUCUGCAACCGGGCUUUCAUAUCAAGGAUGAUAUUCCAGUACUAGGCAACGACACCUACUUGUAUAGAAACUUGCACUGUGCAAAAUGCAAUUUAGUAUUUGAUUACAAAUUUAUUGAUAUAAAAGCAAAGUGCGAAAAUGCGUCAAAUCUAAUGCUCAGGAAAACCAUCAGUAAAGAGGAGUUGAACAAACUAAGUAAAUGCGAGUUUUCCUUAGAUACUAGCGACCAUUUUCAACAAAGGUAUAUUCGUGCGUGUGAAAGAAAACAGAAUGUAUGUCCACAAACUGACCCGUUUUAUAACUUAUGCAAUGCGUAUGGAGAGACUAUGGGUGAAUACAAAAAUUACGAUUGUGCAAUGUGCGCAGCCAAUCAGAAUUUUGAAGUUAUUGUUAUCAAUAGAACUGUUGUUCAACCAACUCAUUUUCAUAACGGAACCCAUCAUGUUACCACACUUAAAAACGUGACAAUACAAGAAGCAUAUCCAGUUACAUUGCCCAUGCCGGAUAUUGAUUUCACCUGCUCUGCUGCACCUUGCAAAUCUCGGCAUUGUUAUCUGCCCAAUGGCGAGGAUUCUACAAAAUUUGAAAGCACGUUCUCAAUCGGAGCCCUUGAAGAAAAUAAAGGUGAAAUAAAAUAUUUAAAGCAAAAAUUUCCAAUUAGACAAUUUAUGAAUAUUUCCAAAGCGUAUGAUUUUGGAUUUAACAAAGGUUUGGAACAAUAUCUAUGCAAUGCUCCUAGAGAAAAAUGUUGCGACUGCAGUGACGACUGUAUGGUAAGAAAGAGAUGUUGUAUUGAUAAAUUUUGGAACGAAACACAUCCUGUGAAUUUAAAUUCGUACAUAAACCAAUUCAUUCAAACCUCGCAGGGAUAUAAAGACCAUUCUUGCGAACCGGUACUUCCCAUGGCGUUUUCGUUUACGUAUAAUGUGGAACAUCAGCUAAUGGUUAAGUCCUGCUUGCUAAAAGCGAAUGUUGAUAACGCAAAGAAGUGUAUACACGGUGCUCAAAAAGGAUCACUUGAUUCUAAUUUACCAGUAACCAGCUUUGAUGGAUACAUAUAUCGAAAUUCGUUUUGUGCUAAAUGCAAUUCUAUCACCAAAUACCAACCAAUCAGCGUUAAAGUAAAUUGCAAAAAUCACCAAAAUUUUGCUAACAUGUUUCAUAACACUUCUGUUUUCAGUUUUCAAGAAUGUGACUUUUCUUUAGCAAAUUCGAGUUACUACAAGUCAAAAAAAUGCAACCACUGGGUAAGCUCAAAGAGAAAUUGUCCAAGAUCAAGUAUACAUUACGAACUUUGCCAUGCUUACAGUGGUAGAGUUGGAGGAUUUCAAAAUUAUCACUGCUGGCUUUGUAGUCAAAAUAAUCAGACUGUUGCGUUUCCACCUAUUGAAUACUGUGAUAGCACACGUUGUCCAAUUGGGCAAAGUAAUUGUUACGAAAAACCUUAUCGACCGUGGUCGUUACUGCUAAAUUUUAAUACCAAUCAAUUUCAAAUUGGCAAUCAAGAGUCAAGGUCAAUUUGCAGAAAUGGAAGCAAAUACGACACAGGAACGCUGAAGUGUGAAAAAGUCAUUUGUCCACCUGACUUUGUCUUUGAUGGGAAAGACUGUUUACCAAAACCCAAAAAGCCCAUUCCUGAAACACACGUGCUUAAACCAACAUUCGAUAAAUGUUUUAGUAGCAACGUGACAUUGUAUAUGGUUUUAAAAAAGGUGAUAAGUAGCAGUAAGAUAAAGAUUUUACGAAAUUUUCCACCUUAUAUGUAUGAUAAAUUUACAACCUAUUCAGUGAUAAACCAAACAAAUGAUGACCAAUUUGUAAUCAUUUUGUCAAAUUUUCUUCUACCUCCUUGGUCAGACGUAAAUCAAAACAUAUAUAAAUUCUUUAAAUCAUCAAAAGUGGGUUAUAAUUACAAUUUAUGGCACAAUAUUGAAAAGAUUUUGAUAACUAAAGGAAGAAAGUUAAAAUAUACAGAACAUUACCAGUUAGAAAUGUCUCGUUACUUCCCAAAAAAUCGUAUAUGUGCCGAGGCGAAUAUACGCAAUGGAACUGAUGGCUCCUUUACUAGAUCAUGCAUGGUAACGAAAGGAAAUGAGACAUUCUCCAAACACAAUAUUUCAAUGUGGAUUGAAAUAAGCAGAAACUCAUCAAGUAAAUGGUACAGCACCUGUCGAAAGUAUCAUUUACAUUCCAACUGUCCUCGGAGAAAAAUAAGUGGUCAAAUCUCUUUCAGUGAAGAGGGAAAUCUUCUGCAUAAAAGGCUUGGUCAAAUAGAUACUUACAACGUGAGCGAAUAUAUACCACUAUCUAAAGGUUAUGGUGUUUGUAUCAGAAGUUCGUUUACAGGGUACGGCGUUAAAGGCAACCGCUUGGAGACUGUCUAUGUGAUUGAACACUACAUUUCCUUAAUAGGAACAAUUAUUAGUAUCAUUUUUUACAUAUUUGUUAUUCUAAGUUUCCUAAUUUUCAAAGAACUUCGAACUGUUCCUGGAUUGAACACAUUGGGAAUGUGCAUAUCAUUAUUUAUCGCAGAGGUAAUAUUCUUACUGGCAAUAAACUCUAAUUUUUCAGGAACUGCUUGCAAAAUAGUUGCUGCAACAUUGCACUGGUGUAUAUUGAUUUCAUUUAUGUGGAAUCUAAUCAUCGCUUUUGAUUUGAUUUCAAAAUUUAGUUCUUUCACUGUUGCCAGUCGAGGAAAUAACAAUAAGAAAUUCAUCCGUCGUUGUAUUUAUUCACUCAUUCCUCCAACUUUAAUAGUUUCUCUGUCUGUAAUACUAGCAGCAGAAACUACCGUUGUUGAUUAUGGCACAAAAGGCAUUUGUUGGAUCACAGGUUUUUAUGCACGUAUUGGCUUCUACAUUAUUCCAGUCGCUGUCAUAUUUUUCACCACACUAUUAACUUUGCUGUAUACAGUACGUAAAAUUCAUAGCGAGUUUAAAGUGAACGAAGAAGUUUUGAAAACUGGUAAGAAGAGUAAGAAGGAGACCUUAAAAAUCGCAUUAAAGCUUGGUAUUAUACUUGGCGUCACCGAGGGUUUAGGUUUUAUCCAAAUAGUUAAAUCACAUCCAAGUUACAACGAGGAAGUUUUUAACGCCUGUUUCAGUCUGUUGUAUUCCACUUUUAGAAGUAUACGAGGAUUAAUGCUGUGCUUGGUGUACAUAAUAGGCGCAAAUGUUUUAGCGCUAUAUCGUAAAAGAGCACGAAGUCUAUUUACGACAGAUACCGGUAGAAAUUACAACUUCAUUUAUCGGCAUAAAGGAAUGAGCACGUCAUCAGGCCAACACGACAAAUGUGAGACAAACACCUCCACGGUUUAGAGAUUUUUUGCAUGCAGACGCAUGCAAACUCUUUUUUUUCAGGAACUGAACAGGACAAUUUAUGGAGGCAUGAAUUCUGGAAGGUCAUUUUUUUGAGCUUUUUAAAGUAUUUUUACCGUGCCAGAAAAAUUGUAUUAGUCUAAUGUAUGAAUAUAUAAUAUUAACGACUGCAAGUAAAUAUUUUAAAGGUAAUAAAGAUAUACCCCUGAUGUACAAAGUCUUUAUUUUUCUCUGUUCUACCUUAAAGCUUGCGUAGCUAACUACCUGGCCACUAAGCCUUAACUCCUUAUUGCACAAAAAACUCAAUAAAUGCUGUAUUUAUU